AUUAUGUGGAACGUAUAAAAUCAAAAAAGGAAAAGAUAACAUUAAAUAAUAAUCAACCCAUGUGUAAGUUUAAACAACUAGUUAAUUUAAAUGUAAAGUGUUAAGUUUAUACAAAACGAAGAUAAUGGAUUUGAAAUUUAUUUGUAUGGUGGUAGUAUUAAACUAUUUUGCUUUCCUAACCUAUGUAUCAGCUGGAAGAAAUUUUUACAAAAUUUUGGGGGUUUCAAAAACAGCCAGUUUACAUGAAAUAAAAAAAGCCUAUAGAAGAUUAGCUAAGGAAUUACAUCCUGAUAAGAACAAGGAUGAUCCAGAUGCUUCACAGAAAUUUCAAGACUUAGGAGCCGCAUACGAAGUUCUUUCCGACGAGGAAAAACGAAAAAAAUAUGAUAGAUGUGGAGAAGAAUGCCUUCAGAAAGAGGGAAUGAUGGAUAGUGGUUUUGACCCAUUUGCUAGUUUUUUCGGAGAUUUUGGAUUUCACUUUGGUGGUGGAGAACAGCAACAUGAAACUCCAAAGGGUGCUAAUAUAGUGAUGGACGUUCCAGUGACUUUGGAAGAUCUGUAUACAGGCACAUUUGUAGAGAUAACCAGAUAUAAACCAGUUAUGAAACCAGCUAAGGGUACAAGGCAGUGCAAUUGUAGACAAGAGAUGGUAACCAGGACAUUGGGACCUGGCCGCUUUCAAAUGAUGCAACAGACUGUUUGUGAUGAAUGUCCAAAUGUUAAAUUAGUCAAUGAAGAACGACUUUUAGAAAUGGAAGUUGAACCUGGGAUGGUAGAUGGACAAGAAACUAAAUUUACAGCUGAAGGUGAACCACAUCUAGAUGGAGAGCCAGGAGAUUUAAUUCUUAAAAUUAAAACACAACCUCAUCCUAUUUUUGAAAGAAAAGGAGAUGAUCUUUUCACAAACAUUACUAUUAGUCUACAGGAUGCGUUAACUGGUUUUACUUUAGAAUUAAAACAUUUAGAUGGUCAUAUAGUAUCAGUCACAAGAGAUAAAGUUACUUGGCCAGGAGCUCGUAUUCGCAAGAAAGGUGAAGGAAUGCCAAAUUAUGACAAUAACAAUUUACAUGGAAUUCUUUAUAUAACUUUCGACGUGGAAUUUCCUAAACAAGAAUUUAGCGAAGAAGAAAAACAAUCCAUUAAGAAACUUUUAAACCAAAGCUCAAAUAAUAAAAUAUAUAAUGGACUCAGAGGAUNCAAAGGUUGGGAAUGA